UUGGGAAGAUGUUGGAGACCCGCGCUCUGUUGUAAUUAGCAAACAUUGGUCAGUAUGAACUGGAAAUUAAAAAUAGAACUGGGAAUUCUUUGGAUCUUCCUUGCUAAUGGUUCCUGCCGGAAGUCUUUGUGUUCCAAAGGGACGUUUGAAUGCCAGAAGAUUUUAGAGUGCAUUGAUGAGGACCGGAAGUGUGACGGCGAGCCUGACUGCCGAGAUAUGACGGACGAGAAAUACUGUGACAAGACAUUGGAUUCCUACUACAAUAAUAAGUAUAUGAAGAGAGAUGAUGCCGAUUACGACUUACUAAACAGAUCAUGUGCGUUUAAAGAUGUACCCUCUGAAUGUGCGUGCAAAGGCCUGACAAUGGUGUUUUGCAGUGGUAGGCAGUUAAACAGAAUUCCAAUGGGAAUCCCACACAAAAUCACAGCUCUAGAUUUAAGUAACAACGAAAUUGAAGAUUUCUCAGACGAUAACCUGAAUUUCUACUUUGUAACUCAAAUAAACCUUCAGCAUAAUAAGCUUUCAAGGAUACGAAACAACACAUUUGUGAAUUGUCUUAACCUCAAAAAGUUGAACUUGAAUUCAAACAACAUAGUUACGCUAGAAAGGGGCGCAUUUUCGGAGCAGAAUAAAAUAGAGGAUUUGAAGAUGGAGAACAAUCUUCUCAGAAUCCUUGAUCCUGAUAUGUUUUCUAAUCUGAAGCACCUAAAAAGACUGUAUCUUGGCUUCAAUAAAAUAAAGUACAUCAAUGUUAACACGUUUCGGGGACUCUCGCAGAUACAAGUCGUGUCCCUGCGAUCUAAUCAGCUGACAAUUCUAAGGAACCAUUUCUUCGAGCAUCUCAAUCAUCUGGAUAUUUUGUACCUUGAGGAGAAUGAUAUAUUUAGAAUAGAAGACAAAACAUUCAGUUCCCUGACCAGUUUACACACCCUAGGACUGUCUAAAAACAAAAUCGCACUCCUUUCCUCCAGCGUUUUCCGGGGCCUGUGGAAUUUGACCCAUUUGAAUCUUAUGCAUAACCAGAUCGUAGGCAUUUCACCGACAGCAUUCUGCGAUUUGAAAAGUCUUCGAUCACUGGAUCUCCGAUAUAAUGUGUUUAGAAGCCUUCACAAAGAGACUCUUCGAAGCCUUCCCAUUCUCAAUUAUGUCUAUUUUGACGAGUUUUAUAUGUGCGCUUACGUGCCCAGUGAAGUGGUGUGUCAACCAUUCGGUGAUGGUAUAUCCAGUAGAUACAAUCUGUUAGAGAACGGGUUUCUCCGUAUCAUGGUGUGGAUCGUCGCCAUCUGUGCGUGCUUUGGUAACCUCUUAGUGCUUCUCGGAAGGAGUGUUCUUCGCGAGGAUAACCAAGUCCAUUCAUUCUAUAUCAAAAAUCUUUCAUUCGCGGACAUGCUCAUGGGUUUAUAUUUAAUUAUUAUUGGAUUUCAUGAUCAACUUUUUCGAGGAAAUUAUCUAGUAGAAGACGAGGAAUGGCGGUCAAGUGCUACUUGUGAUGUAUGUGGUAUACUCAGUACUCUUAGCAACGAGGCAUCAGUUUUGACCUUGACAUUGAUUACCCUGGACCGAUAUAUCAGUAUCACCCUUCCUCUUUUUAGGAGGCGAAAGAGUUUUAAAUUCGCUUUAAUGAAUGUCUGCAUCAUUUGGAUUAUCUCGCUUCUGCUAUCUGUUCUACCUGUGACUAUUCCAGAUUAUUUCGGAGAAUAUUUUUACAAGGACAACGCUGUGUGCGUACCUUUUCAAUUACACAGGCCAAGGGCCAAAGGGUGGGAAUACUCCACCUUCCUUUUCCUGGGUCUGAAUCUAGCAGCCUUUUCCUUCAUUUGCUUCGCUUAUAUUCACAUGUUCAUCGCAAUAAAACGGUCAACGAAAACAGUGCGCUCUCAUUUUGAAAACAAAGAGAGGACUCUUGUAAAACGUUUCUUUUUUAUAAUACUAACAGACUUUUUGUGCUGGAUGCCCAUAAUUAUCAUCAAAUUUGUAGCUCUUUCUGGCUACAAAAUUAAUCAGGAUACAUACGCCUGGCUGAUUAUUUUCGUCAUGCCUAUAAAUAGUGCUAUAAACCCUCUUCUGUACACUCUUACAACGAAACUAUUCAAAGAGAAAGUGAUGCCAAGUCUAUGUUGUGGAUUCAAGAUCGUCCGACAGGAACCCAUCCUGAAGGAGACUUCCUCCUCGUCGUCUUCAUCCGGCGGACGCCGGAACCGGUCGUCAGUCCGAAGCUCUCUCGAAAAGGAUCUGUGUGAGGUCGGCGCCAACACUCUGAGGGUCAGCGCCCGGAAACUCAAGGGCAAUUUUGAAUCGACGGGUAGUGUGGAGGUUGGCCGUAAUAUGAACUACCUCAGCUUUAAGACCAGGUCCGAGAUGAGCAGCUUCUACGGCGGUAACUCCAGCCGGGUCUGUACCAACGAAUCUGUAUACAUCCCUCAGAGCUCGAGGCUAUCAACCGCCAUCUAACCGACUACCAACCUCAGAGUCAUUAGAUGAUGACAUCUUCUAUAGCUGAAUUGCUCACAAUCUAACUACUGAUGUACAGUACUGUGGAUUUUUUAAAUUGAAACAAUUGUUCUGAAAUCAUCCUCAGAAUAUAUAUUUGUAUAUCUUGUUAUUAUAUUUCGUCAUUUUUGUGUGUGAGAUAAAUGCUUUGCAACUCUCUCUCUCUCUCUCUCUCUCUCUCUCUCUCUCUCUCUCUCUCUCUCUCUCUCUCUCUCUCUCUCUGUUCCAUUCAGAAAAAAUCGGCAUUCUUAGUUUUUUAAAUGUAUGUAUAUUGUAAAAAUUAUUUUUUGUAACUGAAUGGCUCAAACGAUUUUCUUUUGAUUAAAAUUGCCAGCAAUA